GGUGAAUAUGCUGAUUCCUCCUUCAUUCACAAAGUCUACAUCCAUGGAUACAGGCUUUCCCAAUAAAGCUUCUUGUGACAGAAGAAUGUGCUUCUACUGGAUUACAUGCUCUACAUGCUAUAAAGUUAAUAUUGUGCCUGGUGACCCUUUUCAGACCCACUAGCCAUGCCAGGCAUUGUAGUGUUCCGUCGUCGCUGGUCUGUGGGAAGUGAUGAUCUUGUUUUGCCAGCCAUUUUUCUCUUUCUCCUUCAUACAACUUGGUUCAUCAUCCUUUCUGUGGUGCUCUUCGGACUGGCCUACAAUCCCAAUGAGACUUGCUCUCUCAAUCUGGUGGACCAUGGCAGAGGCUACCUGGGCAUUUUGCUCAGCUGCAUGAUCGCCGAGGUUGCAAUCAUCUGGCUCAGCAUGCGUGGCAGCAUCUUGUACACAGAACCCCGGGAUUCCAUGCAAUACGUGCUGUACGUCAGACUGGCAAUUUUGGUGAUUGAAUUUGUCUAUGCUAUUGUGGGCAUUGUUUGGUUAACCCAGUACUACAGUUCCUGCAAUGAUGUUACUGCCAAGAGUGUCACUUUGGGAAUGGUCGUCUGCAACUGGGUAGUCAUUUUGAGCGUCUGCAUCACUGUCCUAUGCGUCUUUGACCCAACAGGACGGACCUUUGUUAAAUUGCGAGCCACAAAGAGGAGACAGCGUAAUCUGAGGACAUAUAACCUGAGGCAUCGCUUGGAAGAAGGGCAGGCUAGCAGCUGGACUCGCCGUCUCAAAGUUUUCCUCUGCUGCACACGAACAAAAGAUUCACAAUCAGAUGCUUACUCUGAAAUUGCAUAUCUCUUUGCUGAAUUUUUCCGAGAUCUUGACAUAGUCCCAUCUGAUAUCAUAGCAGGCCUCGUUCUACUACGUCAACGACAGAGGGCAAAACGCAAUGCAGUAUUGGAUGAAGCAAACAAUGAUAUUCUGGCUUUCUUGUCGGGAAUGCCAGUUACCAGGAACACAAAAUAUUUGGACCUGAAAAACUCACAAGAGAUGAUGCGAUAUAAAGAGGUGUGCUAUUACAUGCUCUUUGCUUUGGCUGCUUAUGGCUGGCCCAUGUACCUGAUGAGGAAGCCUACCUGUGGACUCUGUCGCUUGGCCAGAUCCUGCUCUUGCUGCUGCCUCUGCGCUACUCGGCCCCGUUAUGCACCUGGUGUCACCAUUGAGGAAGAUAAUUGCUGUGGCUGCAACGCUAUUGCCAUUCGGCGCCAUUUCCUUGAUGAAAACAUGACUUCUGUGGACAUUGUAUACACUUCAUGUCAUGAUGCGGUUUAUGAAACCCCCUUCUAUGUGGCUGUAGAUCAUGAAAAGAAGAAAGUAGUCAUCAGCAUUCGAGGAACUUUAUCUCCAAAGGAUGCUUUGACUGAUUUGACUGGAGAUGCUGAGCGCCUCCCUGUGGAAGGUCACCACGGAACAUGGCUCGGACACAAGGGGAUGGUGCUGUCUGCUGAGUAUAUAAAAAAGAAACUGGAGCAGGAGAUGGUGUUGUCUCAGGCUUUUGGGCGUGAUUUAGGCAGAGGAACAAAACAUUAUGGCCUGAUUGUAGUGGGCCAUUCCUUAGGAGCAGGCACGGCGGCCAUUUUGUCCUUUCUGCUACGUCCACAGUACCCAACUCUAAAAUGCUAUGCCUAUUCUCCACCAGGUGGGCUUCUAAGUGAGGAUGCUAUGGAGUACUCCAAAGAAUUUGUGACUGCAGUUGUGCUAGGCAAAGACCUUGUUCCCAGGAUUGGCCUCUCACAACUGGAAGGAUUUCGCCGGCAGCUUCUUGAUGUUUUGCAGAGAAGUAACAAACCAAAGUGGAGAAUCAUAGUUGGUGCGACCAAAUGCAUACCCAAGUCUGAGCUCCCUGAAGAGCCUGAAGGGAACUCAGUAACCAGUAACCGCCUCUGGACCCAUCCUAGUGACUUAACUAUUGCCCUCUCAGCCAGCACACCUCUCUACCCUCCUGGGCACAUCAUCCAUGUGGUUCACAAUCACCCUGUGGAACAGUGCUGUUGCUGUGAUCAAGAAGAACCUACAUACUUUGCCAUUUGGGGAGACAACAAAGCAUUUAAUGAAGUGAUAAUUUCCCCAGCAAUGCUGCAUGAACAUUUGCCAUAUGUGGUAAUGGAGGGUCUUAACAAGGUCCUGGAAAAUUACAACAAGGGCAAAACAGCUUUGCUUUCUGCAGCCAAAGUGAUGGUGAGUCCUACAGAAGUGGACCUCAACCCGGAAUUAAUCUUCCUGAACCAACCCCUGCCUAGUAGACCUUCUGUGCAGAUUGGAAUUGGAGACAUAACAGUGGACAGAAGGAACAGCAGUACUAAGAGUAAGGCUCACUCUGAAAUCAGUUUGGAAGGGUUUUAUGAGACCAAGCUUCUGUCUCCAGUGCAGAAGGAUCCUGUGGAGAUCCUGCUACUAGAUACCAAGGAGCGCCUAUCUGUAGAACUUCAGGAUCGGCGUGCUCCUCUUGCUACAAUGGAGAGCCUAUCUGAUAAUGAAUCCAUCUAUAGCUUUGAUUCAAGGCGUUCCUCUGGUUUCCGUAGCAUUCGUGGCUCACCCAGCCUCCAUGCAGUCAUGGAAAAAGAUGAAACUCACUGUUUUUAUAUUGAUCCAGCAAUUCCUGAGGAGAACCCCUCCCUUAGCUCACGGACAGAACUGCUUGCUGCUGACAGCCUCUCCAAACACUCCCAGGAGACCCAACCUCCUGAGGGCCUGCAAAACAGCGGAGGCACCACUCCUCAGCGGCGAUGCAGUGAUGAAGGCGCUGGUAGUGAUACUGACCAUGUUUCCUUUACUCGGGAAGAAUUGACCCUUCAAAAUGGGAGGCUAAGUGAUGCCCCCAGCCCACAAGUGUUGGAGUUUGCAGAGUUUAUAGAUAGUCUCUUUAACCUGGACAGCAAAAGCAGUUCCUUUCAGGACAUUUACUGCAUGAUGGUAUCGGACAGCACCAGUGAUUUUGCUGAGAUUCCCAAGUCAGUCAGUGACCAGGAGAUCUUGCUAAGAGCACAGUACGAACCCAACUUAGUCCCAAAACCCCCCAGGUUAUUUGCAGGCUCAACAGAUCCUUCCUCAGGCAUAUCCGUUUCCCCUUCUUUCCCUCUGAGUUCUUCUGGAGAGCUUAUGGACCUCACUCCUACAGGCAUGAGUAGCCAGGAAUGCCUAGCCACUAACAAAAUCCGGACUUCCACUCCAACUGGAAAUAUGACCAGUCCUGCCAAACAAGAAGACCUUGUGAUCUCAGCCCUCUAAUAUAGGAGAGAAGGGCCAGAGUAACUAAUCCUAUAACAGUGAAUCCUAGGGUAGCACUUGGAGGAGCUGGUCUCUGGGCAAGUGAGAUUAGGUGAAAAUGCAUGGGGAAGCAUAGUUUCCCUUCCUGGGUGCUACAUUAAUGGCACUACAAAGGAUUUCAGCAUGAAGGAUGCCACAUCUUGGGUCAUGUUCUUUAGUUAGGGAGAGAAUCACUGCCUAAUGCAGCUUGCUGCUUUUUCAGGGUCUCGUUCACUGAAGUUAGAUGAUUGGUUUCCCUACCUCAGCAUAUUUCUUUAACAAGAAGGCAGACUCAUUACCUUUCCUGCUGAAAUUAUGAACAUACUAUCCAUGGGCUAGAUGAUUAGAGUAACUGAAGCUAAAAGGUCUGAUAAUGUCCAAUAGUCAUGUCAAAAUCAAGGAAAUUGUGACAUUGGGCUUUAUUGCACUAGUGUGUCAUGUUUGAUCCAAGUACCUGUUUAUCGUUGUCAUCAUGAUUUUUUUAUGACAUGCUCUCCUGUUUUAUAGCCAUUGACUGUAUUCCAAAGGAAUGCAGCCUCCCACCUCUAAACCCCAACUGGGUACAGUGAGAAUUGGGAUGGGGCAGCCUGUGCUCCUCCAGUUAGCUCUGUGUCCAGUGAUAUCCGCACUUCUUCUAAGAAGAAAAAAAAUACAUGUACUGGAGAGUUGAAGGGCAUUUCCACCUUUCAUCCACCCACUGGAGGGGUGAACAGUCCCUUGGGUCUCACAUUGUUGCACAGCUCCCAAACCACUAUGAAAUAGAGACAAUCUUGCUCUCCAACAUAAUUGUCAUCUCUGUUUGCAUGGAUUGAUUGGUUUAAACUAGCUUUUGUUUUUCAAGAAGCUUGCCAAUGCCCUGCAUUAUUCCCCAAGCCCUUGAGUAUGGAACUAUUUUGUUCCCAUUUAUAAUUGCAGUAUAAUAUUGUCUGUCUCUGAGUUCAGGAAAAAGAGGGACUUUUACUGCAUAUUGAAGUCUUAUGUAUGUUUACAGAUCUACUAAGCAUUUGGGAGGUAAAUAGGAAAUCUCUACUUUUGUGAGGAAUAGGUGCUCUCUACCCUUCCCAUUUCUCCAUCAACAUGGGGUCUAAGUCAACCAUGGAAAGAGUAGGAAGAAUUGCUAUUACAUAUCCUUACUAGAAAGUAAGACUAGAAUGUUAGCAUUACCCUUCUGUGUAUGCAUCCUAACACCCGACUGAAUAUCAUGGGCUUAUGAAUAUGAGGUAACUGCAUAACAGGAGCUCCUGAAAUUGCAUCUCAGCUAUUAAUCCUGCAGUUUGGUGCUCACAAUUAAGUUCACAACAACAGGGUGACGCUGUGUAAAAUUGCAGGGGUUUUCCAGUGGUGAAAUUGGGGAUGAAAUUGCAUUUAUGUAGAUGUUAAACAUACUUGAUCUACACUCCUUGUAUUGUACUGAAAUAUAUCUGAAUAUGACAUUAAUGCCACAGAAAAUUCUUACUUCAGGCUAUUUCAGUAUACAGUCUGUGGGUUCUACAAAGUAUACUAGACACAUCUCACAGGCCAUGAAGUAUGUCCUUGGUAAAUCCCUUAGGUUUGUAGCUGUAAGCCUCCAAAUAGGCUGUUAAAAUAAAGGGGUUUUGAGGAGUUUGUCAAGCUCCCAUGAAUGAUUAGUAUGCUAUGUUAUGCUUCGAAGUUGUAUGUUGUGAAGAAGAUUGAGAAGAGCUGAACACUUUGUGGUAACAGAUAAUGUAAUCCUAUGCAUGUCUACUUGUAAACAGUCUCAGUGGUUUCAGUGAGACUUUUUCCACAGGUAAGUGUGCUUAGAAUCGCAGUCUUAGUUCUAGGAGACUGUCUACAUUCAAGUUGUUGCCUUGCAUACUUUAACACUGCAUUUAUUUGAAAUAAGUGCAAUUUACUUGAAAUAAGUCUGCAGGAAACUCAGUGUGACUUCUGUUUGAGAAAAUGCAUUGAAUUGGGCUGCAAAUAUGUGGUUAUCAAAUAGUAUACUUACAUUGCAUUAAUGUAACUGAUUUUACAAUAUGAAGGAUGCUGUUGAAAUUGGGGCCUUUUGUUUGUAUAUGCUGUUCAGUGAGAGAGGGGUUAAGCCUUUUCUUAAAGUGAUUAUGCAUUGGAAUUAUAAACUUCUGCACUUAAAAAAUAAUAAGUUAAUGAUUUAGGGUUGUUCCAGUUUGUUUUAUAGCUUUGUUUUUAAAUGUUCCUCUUUUUCCAAGAAUUCUUGCAACAAUCAAGAAUUAUGUCCAUCUUCAAAAAAAUAAUUCUAUGUAUCUUAUUGGAUAACUAGUAAGUGAUUUUAUAGUGAAAACAAGAAUAGUUGUUCGCACUCACUUAGAUUACCAUAAACACCUGCAACCCUUGGCCUAGGCUAACGAAACGCGGUUCCUCACUAAAGAUGUGGUGGGAAUAAUAUUGAGUUAUUAAAGGUAAAUUUAUAUUUCCAAACAUUCAGGUAUUCUUUCUGAUGAAAGCACAUAAUAGAUAUUUUUAAUGAGAUUUGGAAAGGAAGAAAUAUUGGUAAAUUUAAGCUGCAGGUACCUAUAAUGAGUUAGACUCUCCAAAUUGGGUGGCUUGAGGAUUUGAUAUAAACCAUCCAAAUUGGGUGGUUUAAGGAUUCCAUAUAAAUCACGUAGUCAGUUAACCUCAUAAAAACAAUGUUUUGUAAAUUGAACUAUUUUCAGUGUUUAUGUUAGGGCUACAAUAUCUGGUUUGCAAAAUCCAGAGUUGAUGUUUCUAUCUUUUUGCUAAUAUGUAAUGGUUAUCUAAUGAUAGCCCUAGCUAAUACUUAGCACCUAAAGAAUUCUUUUAACAUCAAAGCACUUUACAAAUUAAAUGAAUCUUCCCAAGCUAGGUCAUUAGAACAUCAGAUGGGGAAAAAUAAAGGGUUUGUGCUUGUAUGUUCAAGAAGCCUAUCUAAUGUAUUAUUAGAUGGAAGGUAGCUGUUUCUAAUACACACACACACAAACACACACACACAUACUGAGGCUACAUAAUAUAGGCUUCUUGCCUAAAAGAAUUAUUUUAGGUUUAGAAAAUAAGGACUGAAAACAAUCAGCUGAUACAGCUUUGCUUGGAGAAGAGUUUAAUUUGGGUUCCUUGUGAUAAAUCAAGCUAUUGCACUACAAUGUCGUGUCUGACCUGAACACAAUUUAAUUGUCAUUUCUUGAGGUUGUUACUUUUAUUUUGAAGUUGUUUGAUAGUAUCCUUAGGGUGUUUCUUGCUUUCUUUCUUGUCCUGAGCAGGAAGAAUCUAUCUUAACUGGGUCCCAGAUUAUUUGUAUAAUUUGGGGACUUUUGUUCAAAAAGGAGAAACACAAAUUCUGGUGACUCAUAUUCUUCAACUGAUCAUGAGUGGCUAUAAUAAAAUGGGGACUGACUGGGAACAUUUAGUUGUUGUAUCAGUUCACAACAUCCCAUUUGCCCUAUUUAUUAUAUUCUUAUUUUUUAUUAUAUUCUCUUAGCACUAGUUGACCUUUUAGUAUAAAUCUAAGUAAUAUAUAAACAUUUCCAGCAAUAUUAGAAUUCAUUCAGAAAUGACCUACAGCUGACGUAUAAAUUCAGUGGCUUGUUGAGUUUCAUGCCUAAACAUGCUACUACCUCUUUCAUUCCUAGGAAAUGCUGCCAUUCACUACAUAUGUGCUUUGGCUGAUUGGUUUUCAUAAUUUUGUUUUCCUUAGGUCUGAAAAGUGCCACUUUAUUCAGUUAUCAUCUAUUAUUGUUCCACAUCAAUGGUUAGUAGAUUUUGGAUGGAAAUUAUACCACUUGGAUGAAUGUUUGAAGCAGUCAGCCAACUGAUUUACAUUAGCAAGUUGGAUUUGUGCACUUUAACAAUUAAGUACUGAAAGCAAAAAUCCCUCAAAUACACUGAUGCUACUUUGCCAAAGAUGCCCUCGCAAAGAAUAUCUUUCAGCUGACAUUUUAAAAUUUAGCACAGCUGGGCAAUCUGGAUCUUUUGCACUACAAUGCACAUAGGGUCCAGUCAUUAUAGCUAAUGGAUAUAGAUUUCAGAAAUACAAAGCAACUGAAAGGCACCAGACUGUCAUUCUCUAUGGCUAAAGAAUAUCUGUGACACAUUUUAUCAAUAGGUCUUUUAUUGUGCUUUAGGUAUAAAUGCAUAACAAAUAAAAAUAUUUACAAUAAAGUUUUUAAUGACUGUGUAGCCAUCAUGGAAUAUUAUCAGGAACAGGUACAGGAA